AGUACUGCUUUGACUGCUGUAACAAAAAGUAGAAGGUUUUUGGCGUAUGUGUUUUAUAUGAAACGAAUUGAAAAGUCGAGGAAAUUGUAAAAAUUAUUAUAAAUAUAAAUUCGUUUACCUUUUUUAAUAUGCAACAAAAACGACUAUAGGAACGCAUAAUUGGUUCCUUGUUCGAAACAUAUAAACGGCGUUAAAAAAGAGUAAAGGUCCAAUAUUUAAUAUAUUAUUCAUAUAAAUUAGUUAAAUAUUCACGAUGAGGUUCUAGUGAAGUAAACCAUUUCAUAUUCAUUAAAUCACUAUAAUAAUGUAUAGAAUACUUAGUAUGAUGCACUGAAAAUGGAUAGCUUCUAUGUCGGGAGUAAUCAGCUGUCUAAAGAUCAACAACUACUACAAAAACAACAUCAGUCGAUAGGAAAUACUUUACGCACGAGUAGAUCGCCAUCGACCACACGCAGUUCCGAACAAAAAAAGUAACUAUAACGAGAACAGGACACCAGUUACAUGCUUUAAAAAACUACAUCUAAAGCACAUUAUAACAAAUCUUAUAAAAACCUUAGUUAAAGGAUAAUAAAAACCCGUUAAUUGACAAGGCUCCUACUUUUUACUUCCUUUUUUAAACUACGGCACAUAAAAAUUCACAAUCAUGACGCAAAUGAAAUAUUCCAUAGUGUCCAGAGAGCGAGAUCAACGUGUUGAAAGUUCGGAACCGGCAAUUACUGGUAGUAUAGGAGGUGGUAGUGUGAGCAGUGGUGGAAUUGUAGGCACAUCUGUCGCUACAUUUCGUGGCUUCCGAAGUCACAGUCCUUCAAAUCGGAGAAGUCGGGAACGAAAUCGUAGAGAAUUUAACCGCACACAUGGUUCGGAUCAAGGUGGUUUGUUAGCUUAUAGCGGUAUGGGUGGUGGAUUACUAAGUGAUAUAAGUGCAAUGGACAGUGGUGGUAGUGGUAGUGGUGUGACUAUAGAAGAUUCACGUUUAUCAGGCAAUGAAGAUCUUUGCUAUCAAUCAUUUGCAUCAGAUGACGUCGAUGGUAAUCCGCCCAGUUCUUUAGCUGACAACAAUAAAAAACAUCAUCGCCAUCAUGAACGCACUUCAAGCCUACAAGCAAUUGAUCGGCUUAACACAAAAAUUCAAUGUACAAAAGAGUCCAUAAGAAAGGAGCAAACUGCCAGGGAUGAUAAUGUUAAUGAAUAUCUAAAGCUUGCCGCUAGUGCUGAUAGACAGCAAUUGCAACGAAUAAAGGCUGUUUUUGAAAAGAAAAAUCAAAAGAGCGCACAUAAUAUUUCUCAGCUACAAAAAAAACUAGAUAAUUAUACCAAACGCGCGAAAGAUCUACAAAAUCAUCAGUAUCAAAAUAAAAGCCAACAUCGACAACCGCGUGAAGUACUUCGAGACGUGGGACAAGGAUUAAGAAAUGUGGGUGGCAAUAUACGCGAUGGUAUUACUGGUUUCUCAGGAUCUGUUAUGUCUAAGCCACGUGAAUUUGCGCAUUUAAUCAAAAAUAAAUUUGGCAGUGCGGACAAUAUCAAUCAAAUGUCGGAAACUGAAAUUAAUAACAUCAACAUGCCCGUAAAUUCUGAGGUAAUAGGUACUUCCACGCCAAAUAAUGCUGUUCCAGCCACAUCUACAGGUUCCGGUAAUACCGCCGGAAGUGGAAAAUUUAAUAGUGAAAAUGGCAGCGAAUGCAGUAGCGUAACAAGUGAGAGUAUACCAGCCGGCUCUGGAAAAAGUCAAUCAGGCGCUAGCCAAUACCACAUUGUUUUAAAAUCACUACUCACAGAAUUAGCUGAGCGGAAAGAUGAGAAUGAAAAACUGAAAGAACGUGUAGAACGUUUAGAAACCGCGCAAAAGGAUUUUAAUAAUUUAACCGCCACCCUUGAAUCGGUGCGUUACCGUUCAGAUGAUCUUGUGGACCAGAUUAACGACUUGACAGAAUUACAUCAGAAUGAAAUUGAAAACCUCAAACAAACAAUAGCUGAUAUGGAAGAAAAAGUUCAAUAUCAAAGUGAUGAAAGACUUAGGGACGUAAAUGAGGUGCUUGAAAAUUGCCAAACAAGGAUAUCUAAAAUGGAACAUUUAUCUCAACAACAAUAUGUGACAGUAGAAGGAAUCGAUAAUUCUAACGCACGUGCGCUUGUCGUUAAACUUAUUAAUGUUGUGCUGACAAUUCUACAGGUUGUUCUGCUUUUAGUAGCAACUGCUGCCGGUAUAAUAAUGCCAUUUUUAAAAACCAGGGUGCGUGUUUUAACGACAUUCUUAACUAUUUUUAUUAUUAUUUUUGUGAUACGACAAUGGCCUGAUGUGCAAGAUAUUGGUGCUGGGCUAGUACGACAUUUGAAGGAGUCUUUGGUUGUUAAAUAGAAUAUGUAAAACUUUUUACACAAACACACAUCCAUCAUGCACAUAUAACAUAAUUCACAUAGCCACACAUCCAACAAAUAAACAUGCUCAUUAUUAGGCUUUAUUCGUUAUAAAAUAAAAAAUAUAUAAUUAAAUUAAAUUGCUUUAGCUAAAGAAAUUAAUAGUGCAAAAUAAAAACAAAAUUAUUAAGUGAUUUAUUUGUAAAUAAUUUUUGUACAAAUAUUGCACAGAAAAAAUUACCACAAUAAUGUAAUGGAAUUAGUAAAAUUUUACAUUCGAAAC